AUGACGCUGCCCCUCCUGCUCUGGGCCGUGCUGCUGCUGCUCGACACAGUCCCCGGGCCGGGCCCCCGGCCUGCAGCAGGUGCCGGGGGGAGCUGCUCCCACCGCUGUGGAGACCAGGAUGGGCUGUGCUCCUGCCACCCGACCUGCUCCGGCCUGAGCUCCUGCUGCUUGGACUUUUGGGACUUCUGCCUAGAAGUCUCACCCUACUCGGGCUCCAUGAUGGGCGGCAAGGACUUCGUAGUGCAGCACCUCAGCUGGUUCAACCCCACCGAUGGCGUGAUCUGCAGGUUUAAGGAGAGCAUCCAGACCCUCGGGCAUGUGGACUCCUCUGGACGUGUGCACUGUGUGUCCCCCUUGCUCUAUGAGACGGGCCGCAUCCCCUUCACGCUCUCCAUGGACAAUGGUCGCUCCUUUCCGCGCUCGGGGACCUGGCUAGCCGUGCACCCCAGCAAGGUGUCGGAGACGGAGAAGAGCGAGCUGGUGAACGAGACCCACUGGCAGUACUAUGGCACCACUGGCAUCACGGGCAACCUCACCGUGACCUGGGAGCCCUCGGCUCUGUCCACGCAGUCUGUCACCAUCGAGCUCUGGGGUUAUGAGGAGACAGGGAAGCCCUAUUCAGAUAAGUGGGCAGCAAAGUGGUCGUACCUGUACCCCCUGGCCACAAGCAUCCCCAACUCUGGCUUCUUCACCUUCACUCCGAAACCCGCACCUCCGACCUAUCGGAAAUGGGAAGUGGGUGCACUUCGGAUCAUCAACAGCAAAUACUACGCAGGGGAGAAGGACGUGCAGGCGCUCUGGAGCAGCGAGCACGCGCUGGCCUGGCACCUGGGUGAGGACUUCCGGGCGGACCCUGAGGCCUGGGCCCGGGCUCAGUGCCUGGCCUGGGAAGAGCUGGAGGACCAACUGCCCAACUUCCUGCAGGAGCUGCCUGACUGCCCCUGCACCCUGGCUCAGGCCCGGGCUGACUCGGGCCGCUUCCACACGGACUAUGGCUGUGACAUUGAGCGCGGCAGCGUGUGCACCUACCACCCCGGGGCCGUGCACUGUGUGCGCUCCGUGCAAGCCAGCCCCCAGUACGCCUCCGGCCAGCAGUGCUGCUACACAGAGGCCGGCACGCUGCUCCUGACGGCCGACUCAACCGGGGGCAGCACCCCGGACCGCGGCCACGACUGGGGCGCGCCCCCGUUCCGCACACCGCCCCGUGUGCCUGGCCUCUCGCAUUGGCUCUACGAUGUCGUCAGCUUCUACCACUGCUGCCUCUGGGCGCCCGAGUGCUCCCGGUACAUGCGGCGGCGGCCCUCCAGUGACUGUCGCAACUACCGGCCGUCGCGCCUAGCCUCCGCUUUUGGGGACCCACACUUUGUCACCUUCGACGGUGCCAACUUCUCGUUCAACGGGCGUGGCGAGUACGUGCUGCUGGAGGCCACGCUGACCAACUUGAGGGUGCAGGGGCGGGCCCAGCCCCGGACGACUUCAGAGGGCCCGCAGGACCGGGGCACGGGGCUGGUGGCCGUGGCUGUGCAGGAGGGCAACUCCGACGUGGUGGAGGUCCGGCUGACUGGCGAGGGGCGGGUCCUGCAGGUGCUGCUGAACCAGGAGGUGCUCAGAUUCACCGAGCAGAGCUGGAUGGACCUGAAGGGUAUGUUCCUGUCCGUAGCUGCCCAGGACAGCGUAUCCAUCAUGCUGUCAUCAGGUGCUGGCCUGGAGGUCAGCAUCCAGGGUCCAUUCCUGAGUGUGACUGUCCUCCUGCCUGAGAAGUUCCUUACCCACACACAAGGCCUUCUGGGGACACUGAAUGAUGACCCCACCGAUGACUUCACCCUGCGCAAUGGGAAGGUCUUGCCCCACAAGGCCACUUCCCGUGAGCUCUUCCACUUUGGGGCCGACUGGGCCGUGGAGAAUGCCUCAUCUCUGCUCACCUAUGACUCCUGGGUCCUGGUCAACAACUUCCUGUAUCAGUCCAAGCAUGACUACAGCUUUCAGCCCCUGUUCCCCGAGGAGACCGUCCCCGACCCCAGUCAGGCCACUGAGGCAGCUGAAUUGUGUGGAGACAACGAUUUCUGCAUGUUCGACGUGAUGGCCACUGGGAACCUGAGUGUGGGCAAUGCUACGCGGAUGGCCCACCAGUGGCACCAGCAUCGCGUGCAGAGCCUACAGCCUGUGACGUCCUGCGGCUGGCUGGCUCCGCCCCCCAAUGGGCGCAAGGAGGGUAUCAGGUACCUGUUGGGCUCCACCGUCUCCUUCCACUGCGACAGCGGCUAUAGCCUGUUUGGGGCGGAGGCCAGCACCUGCCAGGCUGAUGGCACCUGGUCCAGGCCCACCCCCAUGUGCCAGCCAGCGCGGAGCUACACGGUGCUGCUGAGCAUCAUCUUCGGAGGCCUGGCAGUGGUGGCUCUGGUCGCGCUCAUCUAUGUGCUGCUGCGUCACAGGAAGCGCAACGUGGCCAGCUGGGGUUCGCAGCCCUGAAGGGAGCGCCUUUGGCCAACAGCAAGAGGCACACGGGGCCACCCCGGAGAACAUGCACCCCGACACUUCGAUCCCCAAAUCCCUAGCACCAUUUACUGGGAUCUGGACACCUGAUAACCUGAGCCUUUAAUGUCCGUGCACCCCAGACCUGGUGCCCUGCUCUGUCUCCUCAGACCUGGACCACCUGGCUCUAGCCGUGCAGCUCCCGAGAGGCAUCUGGUCCUCUAGUCCCCGUGUAGUCUCAGCUCCAAUUCCCCAGACUCCAUACCCGUGAAUUCUAACGCCUCUCUCCGGAGACCCCAACACUCGGGGGCACCUGAAACGCAAAUGCUAUACCUCAGAUCCCAUGUCGGAUACCUGCGAGCCUGAUCCACUGGUCCCCAGUGCCCCAGCACGGGAGCCCGAACACCCAGCUGCCUCGAUUGCCGGACUUGGCCCGGCCUGAGUGGGAGAGGCCUCCGGACCCCAGCGUGGAGGGUCACUCUCUGAGCUCCAGGCUUGUAAUUCUAACCCUGCUGGAAUGUCACUUCUCUAACUCUACUGGAAUGGCACUUCUAACUAACUCUACUGGAAUGGCACUUGAAAUACCCUUCCUUGUCCACCCAGAGAAAACAAGCCCGU